UCAUGGGACCCCCGGGCAAUAGGGGAUCAUGGGGCCCGUGUCCUUGCCCAAACUCAAAAAAAGCCUAUGAACAGGGGCAUCUCAUGGGGCCCCCUACUGACCGCGGGCCCUCAGACAGUGCCCGAGUUUCCAAAUGGUCAGUCCGCCCCUGCUCAUUUCCUGUCAUGCAGUUGCAAAAUGCGUGGAAAUUUCCCCAAAGUGUACAAAAUUCCCAUCAUAGAGAUCUGACAUAGGAGCAGGUUCCCUCUUAUAGGAUAUGAUGACCACUA